CUCGCGUCCGUUCCUCUGAAGCCAAACCACUUCUGCUUUUCGGUUUCGCUGCGGUCCGUCGGAUUCUGUUAAGUGCCGUUCAAAGAUAACUCACGGUGUCAAAAUUCGCCAUCUGAAUGUUUUUUCGACACUCAAAGUUUAAAGUCCGGUAAAACAGAUCAGCGGAUAUCAACUUAGUAAAGUCGAAAGCUCAAAUUUUUUACACUGUGACGCUUCAAGCAGUUCGAUUGAAGCUGAAAGUCGUCGAGCUUUUUUCAGAGUUUGUGAAAGCUGAAGAUUGGAUCCUGGAAAUACUGGCAUAAAUUUUGGAGCUGUAGAGGCGUUACUUUCACCAUAAUCACUUCGUUAUGAUCACUGCAGUGAUAAUAACUCCGUUUACCAUUUGUCGAGUCGGAUUCUAACUCGACUGGAGCAAAACUUUUUCCUCUCCCUCCGAGUUAAUUUGCUCCUCAAAGUGAAGCGGCGUUAUUCAGAUUGAAUCGCGGAAAUUUCUUAUUUUUUUUCAUCGAUAACUCAUUGUCAGAGAAAUUGUAAUAGAGACGAUUAAAUUUUCCACCGAUCGUUGGUAUUGUUUUGUCCGUCACGAUGUGUUUCGUUUUUCGUAAUCCAGAGUUGUGUUGAGAAUGGAAUAAAUUCAAAUCCUGUUGCUGAUCGUCACAGUGCUAAAAUUCAAAGUGCAGUUAGAGUGACGUGCAAGUGCCUCGAAUUCUCGUGCUGAACGGAUUAUCCUCUUCUCUUCGGUUACUUCAAAAAGUAUUUCGACCGUCACUGUCGGACUUCUGAUUGCGACGUGGUUUUUGGCGGAUGGAUUUCGGAAAUGGUGUCACACGGAGUGGAGAUUUUUGCAAAGUGCUGUACUGAUUCCUGGACCACCGGCCCUUCCACUGAUUGGAAACGCGCUGAAGUUUGCCUGCAAUGGGGAUGAAUUGCUGAACCGGAUAAUUGAAGUAUCCCGGCCUUACGACAAUCCAUUUCGGGUUUGGAUGGGACCGAAACUUGUUGUGGUCGUGAAGAAUCCUCGAGAUGUUGAAGUAGUCAUGAACAGCAAAAUUACAUCUCACAAACCAUACGAGUACCGUUUCUUGGCUUCUUAUUUGGGUCCCGGAAUCGUCACUGAGUCAGGUUCCAUCCACAGAGCACAUCGCAAAGUCAUAAUGCCGAUGGUGAGCGGGAAGUCUUUGAAUGCAUACAUAGACUGCUUUGAUCGGCAAAGUCGACGGUGCGUCGAGUGCCUGGCGGGCAAAGUGGGCGAAGGGGAAUUCGACGUAAUGCACUACAUGGACGAUUGCACCUUGGAUAUGGUUUUAGAAACUGUCAUGGGAACUCCUGGCACAGCUCAACAUGGCGGAUACAAAGGCCUCAUAAAUUGUUGUGCGACAGCAAUUGCGCUAGCUCACGAGAGGACGAUGAAGGUCUGGCUGUAUCCGGAUUGGCUUUACACCCGCACGACUUCCGGGCGACAGUUCGCCAGUGCUAUGGGAGUUUUGCAGAAAUUCGCGGCGACUCUUGUGGCCCGAAAGAAGAACGUACGCCACGAGCCCAAGAUUGAUAAUGAUAGUUCAGACAAACUGCGAACAGCCGUUCUGGAUCAGUUGAUUGCUCGCAAUGAUGAAACAGAGGAAAUGGACGACACUCGCCUCAGAGACGCGAUAUCAAACAUCUGGAUGCCGGCACAGGAUCCAACGGCUCUUUCCUGCUCGUUUUUGUUCAUGAUGUUGGGAAUGCACCCAGAAGUUCAGGACAAGGUGCGAGCAGAAGUAAACGAAAUUGUUGGGAACGAAGAUAUGACGAUGGAAAAAAUAUCUAGACUGACGUACUUGGAAUCAGUGAUCAAGGAAACUAUCCGUCUAUUUCCCGUUGGCCCCAUUAUACUGCGCGAAUCAACGGCUGACUUUGAAUUUGAGACUUGCAGUGUCCCAAAGGGUUGCACCCUGGCAGUUAUACUCUACGAAAUUCACCGCGACCCGAAGUAUUGGACGGAUCCAGAAAAGUUCAACCCUGACAGAUUUACACCAGAAAACUCGGCCAACAGACAUCCCUAUGCUUUCAUACCUUUCAGCGGUGGUAUAAGAGGUUGCGUUGGGCGACAGUAUGCAAUGGUAUUGGUGAAAACUUUAGCUGCUCGAAUCGUUCAAAAGUACAAAAUUGGCUGUGAUGGAUCCCUGGACACACUGCGACUCAAGGCCGGCGUGUCUAUCAGGUCUAUCGAUGGGUACCGAGUUUCGAUCACAAGAGCUUGAUCCUGCCUGGUUCCAGUUAGCGUCUUGCGUAAUGUAAACAAUUAAAAUGGUGAUAUUUUAAUAUAUGCGAUAUAACAUGUGAAUAUAUUUUAUCUCCGAACUA